AGCCUGCUGAAGGCAUAUCCACUUUGAAGAACUAAGACCAAGGACAGAGCUGAGGGGCAAUUCGGUGCCCCUCGUCACCAGCGCCAUGUCGUCCAGCCAGCAAGGCUCAUCUGGGAAAAGCUCUCCAGAGAACGUGUCGCGAGAGAAUUCGAGAAGUCCAAGUCCUCUUGCAGCAACAUCGUCUGCGCCCAGGGACUUACAGCAUAUGCCUGCCAAGCCUAGCAGGCUUCGUGAAGCGCACGAGCCGCCGUCAUCUCCAGAUGAUCGUAACAUUGGCGCCACGGCAGUAACGUCGAUAUAUGAUGAUGAUGAAACUGGCGGGGUUGAAGCAAGCGGCGAGGUUUCAGACGGUACCCCGUUUGCCCAAUUGCCCAAGAUUGAUACGGAAUUCAGACAUACACCCAAUUCUAGCCGCUCGUCAAUUCAUUCCUCGCGCUCGCCGGCUCGAGCUGAAGGACGCGCUGAGGAGCCGGCUGAAAUCAGUGCAAGGACAUAUCUGCUUCAAAACCAGCUAGACCGUGGGUCUGGAUGCGGCCUAAGCAACUGUAAUCACGGAACGUUUUCACCUAGACCAGCGACACCAGUAAGCCGCACCAGUUUCGACAAUUUCGCAGAGACUGGUUUUGGUGCAUCCUAUGGCACUGCUGGUAGCAGUGCCGAUGGCGGUGACGACAACGCUUCCAUUUCCUCUCGACUACUUGGUGGAAUUGGAGCGAGGAAAAUGAAAAAGACACAAUUGUUUGCCAGACAGCAUGGAAUCCGUCAUACGAAGACAAUGUACCUUACAUACUAUAUACCCUUCUUCAACUGGAUCCGACAGUAUAAAUGGUCCUAUUUGCGCGGAGACAUUAUCGCCGCGCUCACAAUGGCCUCAUUCUAUCUACCCAUGUCGCUCUCAUAUGCGUCUAAUUUGGGCCACAUUCCUCCUAUAAACGGACUCUACUCCUUUGUGUUUAAUCCUUUGGUCUAUGCACUUCUUGGAACUUCACCGCAGAUGGUUGUUGGCCCUGAAGCGGCAGGAUCUCUGCUGGUUGGCACGGUGGUCACCUCGAGCGUGGAGCUUGGCCAUUCAAAGGAGGAAGACGACAUGCUCCAUGCGCAGAUCGCGGGCCUUGUCACGGGAAUGGCAGGCGCCAUUAUCCUGGUUGCUGGCUUGACGCGACUUGGCUUUUUGGAUAGCGUACUCAGCCGGCCGUUUUUGCGUGGUUUCAUUAGUGCUGUUGGUUUUGUCAUUCUGGUUGACCAAUUGAUUCCGGAAAUGGGCCUAUCGGCCGUUGCACGAGAGGUUGAGGGAGUCACGCACGGCAGCAGCUUAUCGAAGCUUAUAUUCCUCUUUAAGCACGCCGGAGACGCUCACGGAUUAACAUGUGCUGUAGCAUUUGGCAGCUUUACUAUCAUCAUGGUGUGCAGAGAGCUUAAGAAGCGUUUACAGCCACGGUUCCCCAGCGUAGCUUACGUGCCCGAUCGUUUUCUUGUGGUUGUCCUUUCCGCCGUCUUUACGUGGAGAUUCAGAUGGGACAAAAAGGGCCUCUCUAUUCUCGGAGAUGUCAGUUCUUCCACAGGAGCUCCCUUUCCGUUUCAUUGGCCAUUUCAAACGCACGUCAAACACAUCCAGACUGCCAUGGGGACCUCAUUUGUCAUUGCAUUGCUUGGCUUCUUUGAAUCAUCUGUCGCCGCCAAAAGCCUUACAGGUAGCGAAGCCAAGGCAGACGGAAUCCAAGGCAUGUCCAUGAGCGCCAACAGAGAGCUCGUCGCUCUCGGUGUCGCAAACAUUAUUGGCGGACUGUUCAUGGCAUUGCCCGCAUUUGGUGGCUACGGUCGGAGCAAAGUCAAUGCUGCCACGGGCGGGCGAACCCCAAUGAGCAGCAUCGUACUCAGUAUCCUCAGCAUCAUUUGUGUUCUCUUUAUCGUUCCUUAUUUCCAUUACCUUCCCAAAGCCGUCCUGUCCUCGAUGAUCUCCGUCGUCGCCUACUCUUUAAUUGAAGAAGCGCCACACGACAUCCGCUUCUUCCUCGUUGUCCGCGGCUGGUCCGAGCUCUCCCUCAUGGCACUUAUUUUUCUUGCCACCAUCUUCUACUCUCUUACCUUGGGCAUCGCCGUCGGCAUCGGCCUGUCCCUCGUGCGUGUCAUCAAACACAGCACUCGCCCGCGCAUCCAAAUCCUGGGCCGCAUCCCCGGCACCACCAAGUUCGAAAACGCCGAACUCGACCCCGAAAAGAUUGAAUUCAUCGAGGGUUGUCUCAUCGUCAAGAUCCCCGAACCCCUGACUUUUGCCAACACGGGCGAACUCAAGACCCGGCUACGCCGACUCGAAAUGUACGGCAGCACGCUUGCCCACCCGGCCUUGCCCCGCGUGCGGAACCCGGACCACAACAAGAAUAUCAUCUUCGACGUACACGGCGUCACCUCCCUCGAUGCCGCGGGCGCGCAGAUCCUCGCGGAAAUCGUAGACUCGUAUCUGUCCCGCAACGUCCGCGUCUUUUUCUGCCGCGUGCCCCACGAGCGCAGCCCCGUCUUUCGGCUGUUUGAACGCUCCGGCAUCGUGGACAAGUGCGGCAGAUCCCAUUUCGUCAUGAGCGUCGAUCAGGCGCUGAGCAUGACGGAAAUGGAAGAACUCGAAGACCAUCUCCGACAACGCGCCGCCACUGCCGACGGGCCGUAUGAUAUUGCAUGAUUAUUACGGGUGCCUUUCUUUUUCUUUUUCUUUCUUUUUUUUUCUCUUCUCUCUCCCAUUUUUUAAAUUUUCUUUCAUUUCAUUUCAUCUUUUAAAGCCCAGCAUUCAUCUCUUUCUUUCUCUUUUUUCCUCCU